AUGGUUCAGGACGUGGAAGUGUGGAAGCAAGUAUUUCAGGAAUCAAUUCGGGAGGUGAAACCAUGGCAUACUUGGACCCUGACACCAGACAAGAGCCUUCGUCCCAAUGUCUUCAUGCCAGGAUGGAUGCAAUACCAGCAGUUUACCUUUGCCAGGUUCUGGUGCUCCUCCUGCUUUCGCAGCUGGGCUUCUGCCCAAGUUCUGGUCCUUUUCCACAUGCACUGGAAUGAAGAGAAGUCCAGGGGCCAGGUGAAGAUGAGGGUGUUUGCCCAGAAAUGUCGGAAGUGCUCCCAACCUCAAUUUGAGGUUCCCCAGUUCACGCAAGAGAACAUCUCAAGGAUCCUGAAGAAUUUGGUGUUUCGAAUUCUGAAGAAAUGCUAUAGAGAAGGAUUUCAGUUGAUGGAAGAGACUCCCACGAUCCAGGACGUCUUUCUUGAAGGGCCGCAUGACAGUGACAACUGUGAGGCAUGUCUGCAGGGCUUUUGUACUAGGUCCCCACAGACUACGAGCCUCUCCACCUGGACCCCAAGAGCAAAGUCCAUUCACGAGGUGGAGAAGGGAGCUAAGUCCCGGCCCUUAAGUGAGGAUGUCUAUUCCUGUGUGAACCAGAACCAUAUGCAUAAGAGCUUAAUCAUCUGCUACUGUUGUCUCAUUCUAAUUGUUAUGGUGGUGGUGAUUGUUAUUAAAACUACUAAAUGA